AUGGUCUGGAGGGGGAGGAUUCAUCUGUGCUAGAUUGGUAUGAUAGGAUCAGGAAUAUCAUGGAAUUAAAAUAUGAUAGAAGGUUGGAAAGAGGAAACACAAAGAGGCUUUCGAAGAGGACUGAUGGCCCUUCAUACUCUUCUCUGCAAAAGAUGAAAAAACGGGUCAAGUACCAACUCCUUUUAAAAGACUAUGGUCAUAGUUAAGACAGUAAAGAGCCAUUUGUGAUGCCAUCAAAAUUGACUAAGCAGAAAGUGUGAAAGAAAAUUUUCAAAAUUAAAGGACACCAAAGAGGCACAAGAGAAGCCGACCAAGGAUGAAGGAUAAGAUGAAGAAAUCCUCUACUUCUCAGAAUGCCAACAUCCAUCAACUCCUAAACAAAGAAGAUUGCAAAGGGAAAAGAUGGGGAAAGGAACCAGUGAAUGUGAAAAUAUUCAAAGACAAAUUGGUAUUAAAUAGACAUUGUGGGAUCCAAACAGGAGAGAAGCCAUUUAAAUGCAUAGAGUGUGGAAAGAGCUUCGCUGACCGUGGAAAUUUUAAAAUACAUCAAAGAAUCCACACAGGGGAGAAACCAUACAAAUGCAUGGAAUGUGGAAAGAACUUCAGCCAGAGUGGAAAUCUUAAAAGUCAUCAAAGAAUCCACACAGGGAGAAAUUAUAUAAAUGCUUGAUGGGUGGAAAGAGUUUCAGUUGGCAUGGAAGCCUUAUCUUACAUGCAAAAACCCACACAGGUUCUAUAAAUGCAUAGAGUGUGGAAAGAGCUUCAGUGACCAUGGAAAUUUUAAAAUACACCAAAGAAUCCACACGGGAGAAACCAUAUAAAUGUUUGGUGGGUGGAAAGAGUUUUACUCAGUAUGGCAGCCUUACUGUACAUAAAAAAACCCACACAGGGGAGAAGCUAUUUAAAUGCUUGGAGUGUGGAAAGAGCUUCAGUCAGAAUGGAAAUCUUAGUAAACAUGAAAGAAUCCACACAUGAGAAAAGCCUUAUAAAAUGCAUCGAGUGCAGAAAGAACUUCAAACACAAUCAUAUCCUUGCUUUACAUCAAAGAAUCCACACAGGGCAGAAGCCAUAUGAAUGCAUGGAGUGUGGAAAAAGCUUUAGUGGAAGUGGAAAAUUUGAAAUACAUCAAAGAAUCCACACAGAGGAGAAACCAUACAAAUGCAUGGAAUGUGGAAAGAGCUUCAGCCAGAGUGGAAAUCUUAAAAGUCAUGAAAGAAUCCACACAGGGGAGAAAUUAUAUAAAUGCUUGGUGAAUGGAAAGAGUUUCAGUCAGCAUGGCAGCCUCACCUUACAUGAAAAAACCCACACGGGGGAGAAACCAUAUGAAUGCUUGGACUGUGGAAAGAAUUUCAGUCGCAAAGCACAUCUUAAUACACAUAAAAAAAACCCCACACAGGAGAGAGGCCUUAUAAAUGUAUGGAGUGUGGAAAGAGCUACAUCUUGAGUGGUCAUCUCGCCUUGCAUCAAAGAACCCACACAGGAGAGAGGCCUUAUAAAUGCACGGAGUGUAGAAAGAGCUUCAGAUACAGUGGAACCCUUAAUGCACAUCAAAGAACCCACAUAGGGGAGAAGCCUUAUAAAUGCAUAGAGUGUGGAAGGAGCUUCAGUCUUAGUGGAGCCUUUGCUUCACAUAAAAGGAGCCACAUGGGGGAGAAACCAUAUGAAUCCAUGGAGUGCGGAAAGAGCUGCAGUGGUACCAGUCUUACAUUACAUCACAUCAUAGAAGCCUGGAUAUUACAUUUAUAUUCUGCCUUUCCUCCAAGGACGCUAAGGUGGCAUAGAUUGUUCUCCGCUCCCCAUUUUAUCCUCCCAACAACCAUAUGAAUACAGUUGGGACUUACACAUCUAAACACACAAUAAGUUAACCAUAUAUUAGCAAUUUUUUUC